AUGUCUAAAGUUGGAUGUGAUUUUCUUUCAUUUGAAGCAGAUUCAUAUGUUGAAGAACUUUUAAAAAAAGAAUUCUUUUUAUCAAAAAAUACAAAAAAACUCGUACAAAGUUUGGAGAUCAAUGGUUAUGUAAAACCUGAAGUCGAAGAAAAAAAAAAUAAUAACCAAAGAAAUAUUGAUGAAAAUGGAGACUUUUUCUAUGAUAAUGGUCUCUACAAUAAAAGUAACAAAAAUAAACACAACAAUAAUGAUAAUAAUAGUAAUAAUAACAAUAAUAAAAAUGACAACUAUCAUCAAAAUAAUAGUAUUAUAAAUAACUUUGGAUUCAAUAAUGGUUAUAUUAGCAAUGGAGGUUUAAAUUGGGGUAAUAUUAAUAGUAAAAACCAUAACAAUAACAAUAACAAUAACAAUAAUAAUAAUAGUAAUAAUUCAAUGCUUCCAAAAUUUGCAAAUAAGAGAUGGAGUAAUUUAUCAAUUAGGAUUAUUUACCCAAAAGAUUGUAUGUUGGCAAGAGGUGUUGAACGUUUAUUUUCAUUUAAUGUCAAGACUGAUUAUUUCAUGUUUUAUCAUAAACUUGACGAUAGAAGACCAGAUUUCACUCAAAUAUUUUUAAAUAAAUUCAAAGUUUACGAUUUAAUCAAUGAGAAUCCAUUCUCUGUCGUAUUGGCAUUCUUUGGAUUACCAAAAUCAUAUUCAGCCAAUGGUGAUAUCUCUUUCAACAUCUUAAUCAAUAGUAAUACAACUCACAAAUUAUUGGAUCAACAACAUUUAGCAAAAACAAAACCUUCCCAAACUUUUUUAGUUUCUGGUUCAAAAAAGAAAAGAAUUGGUGAAGAAGAUCCUAUCCCUUUACCAGUGUUUGACGAUGUACAUUUAGAUUCUGAUUGUGACUCGAUUUAUCCAGUUAAUUUAUUUGCAAAGGAGAAUCCACAAAGAUAUGGUAAAUGUAGAGAUUUAGAUGGUGGUCAUAGAUCUUGUGAUAAAGAUUCAAAGUGUAUUAAAGAUAGAUACAAUUUAUUUAAUUUGUACGAAUUUGGUGUUGAAGUUAAAAAAUUGGAUGGUGGAAUAUUUCCAAAACAAGGAAAUGGUGAAAUUUCAUUUAAAAUAGAUAUGACUUAUUAUUUUAUGCAUUUUUUUAGUAAAGAGUAA